GCUAUUCCCGGAAGCUUCGUCGUUAUGGACCGUGGUCAGCUCGUUGUGAAAGUGGUGCUACUGUGAUGCUAGUGGGGUGACAGCUGUGUUCAAAGAGGUUAGCUCACACGGACCAUUACAAUGCGCCGAGAAGGGCUAUGUAAAGAAACAAAUACGGAAUAUUAAGGGCAGGAUGCAGUCUUCUAAUCACCGACUGCGAGAUAUGGAGCAGCACCACCCGCUACUCUCAGCUGGUGAAGAUGUUGAGACCGGAAGCCUAGCGGCUGGUGUAAUGGUGGGGGUUCCCCACACAGGUCACCCAGUGGGGAACCGCUCACUGUGGUUCAUCCAGGACAGUUGUGGUAUGGUGUGUGCCACCAUGACCUGGUUCCUGGUACUGUAUGCAGAAUUUGUAGUAAACUUCGUAAUGUUGUUGCCUGCUAAAAACUUCUGGUACUCACUCCUGAAUGGGGCCACAUUCAACUCUCUGGCUGUUCUUGCACUGGCCUCACAUCUCCGCACAAUGUUGACUGACCCGGGUGCGGUUCCAAAAGGUAACGCAACCAAGGAGUACAUGGAGCGUUUGCAGUUGAAGCCCGGUGAGGUCAUCUAUAAGUGCCCGAAAUGCUGUAGUAUAAAGCCUGAGAGAGCACACCACUGCAGUAUUUGUAAAAGAUGCAUCAGGAAGAUGGAUCACCACUGUCCCUGGGUGAAUAACUGUGUGGGCGAAAAGAAUCAAAGGUUCUUUGUGCUUUUUACUAUGUACAUAGCCUUGAUUUCUGCCCACGCCCUGGGUCUCAGUGGAAUGCACUUCUUCACAUGUAUUAAAGUCCAGUGGAACGAGUGCAGUGACUUUUCCCCAGGGGUGUCUGUGUUGCUGCUGAUCUUCCUCUGCCUUGAAGCCAUUCUCUUCCUUACUUUCACAGCUGUAAUGUUUGGUACGCAGAUCCACUCCAUCUGCAAUGACGAGACGGAAAUUGAACGUCUUAAAAAUGAGAAGCCGACGUGGGAGCGCCGGAUGCGAUGGGACGGAAUGAAAUCUGUGUUUGGGGGUCCACCUUCUCUGCUGUGGUGCAAUCCAUUUACUGGCCUACGUCUGAGACGUCUGGUUUUGUUGGCCCAAGGUCGUCGUGGCGGUUCUGAGUUUUCUGUGUGAGGCUGGGCCAAACUGUUGAAGAUCACUAAUGCUGGUGAUUUGUAAGAGGAGAUUUAAUUCUCACCAUCCUUGGCUGGACCUCACUUGAAGCUGUGUAGAAAAGAGUGAAGACUGUGGAAAAGAGACUGACUGCUCCCGCGCAUCCUCACCACUACUACUACUACAAAUACUGCUGGAGACCCAACAUCUCGGGUCUACAAGAGUCCAUUACACAGAUGGAUUAUUGUUUUUAACCUGAG